AUUCUACGUACGGACGCCGUACGAGUCGGUAGUGUUCUGUUGGAGUUUAUUCGUGAAUUUGUUCGUUGGCAGUGUUCUCAACUUGUUACAUUUGAUACUUCAAAGUUCUGCACAUUAUUUGUUGAUGGUGAAAAGUUGCAAGUGAAACUUUUUGGAAAGUUUUGCAGAAUCACAGGACUUUGACGGGGGGAUACUGUGGCGAUAGAAGUGCAAAAAGCUAAAUAUCUCGAGAUAUUAUUCUCAGUAGGAUAAAUCCAUUAUUCAGAGAUCUGAGAACGAAGCUGUAGCAUUGCGUCAAGUGCAUCAGUUUCACUGGAAAAUAUAUAUUCUGCAUUAAAUUUCAUCAAGUGGAACUCCUGCUCAUGAAAGGAUUACACUUUUGGCUGGAGAUUGAGUGGUUUAGCGUUUGAAAAUUUUUGUGUUGUGCAUUUUUAAUUCACAAUUUGCUGGGUUUUUUCUCACAUUCUUUUUAUUACAACGUCGCGAAGAGCUUAAAAGAUUUUAAGGGAUUUAAAAAUUUCUCAAGUAUAGUUGAAGAAGAAAAGAAAAAUUUGAAAAAAAUGGUGUUUGACAAGACUUUUGUGGCCAUUGUGCUUAUUUUGUGUUGCCUGGAGGCAUCGAGUGUUUUGGCGGGAUCAUGCCGGGAGUCAUCAUUGUGCUGCAACGGACGCGAUUCCUCAUGUGUUGUGCAGAAAGCCCCCAUUAAUGCCAUCAUCGAGGAUCUAAGCGAUAAGCCAUGCUAUUGUGACCAUGCUUGCUUGCGACUGGGCGAUUGCUGCGAGGACUUCAAACAAUACUGUGGAGUUUUGGACUGCUUGGUCAGCGAAUGGGGUUCCUGGAGUGAAUGUGAUGCUACGUGUGGCACGGGUAUGAUGUCCCGCAACCGAACUGUGGUGCGGCCGGCACAGAAUGGUGGCAAACACUGCCCAUCGUUGGUGCAGAAGCGUGGAUGCCAAGGAUUCAAGUGUCAACACCAUCAGGACCGAAGAGUAAUGCGAGAGAUGGCCCUCCUCCUACCAGCAUCUUUGUCCAAGAGCCGCCAUGAGAACGACACCAGUGACAUACGACGGAACCUGAGACUUCGCUAUCGGGACUCAUUCAAACACAACCGCGGAAAUGAGUAUUGUGUCGAAUUUGAAGUUCUGAAAGCAUCAAAGGCCUGUCACAAGUUACCACCGUAUGACAAGCUUCUGGAGGGGGACCGUGUUGUAGUCCGAUGUGAUCUAGAGGCUCUGCAGAGGGACACAGUACUUCCGACAGAAUCAAGCAACUCGGUGCUGGAUGAGGAUCAAAAGCCAAAACAGGGCAAAUUCCGAUGUCGAGGUGAGGGUAUGCCAGGUCGCAAUACACGAUGGAGCGCCCUUGCAGCUCCAUCGUGUCACGGCAAAUGGCUACGAUUGACUCUGGACCAACCUAAGAAGUGCACAGAAUCCCAAUUUAUUUUCGUAUAAUUGGAAUAAAGUGUACGCGUGCCCCAUUAAAAUUUUCAUUAUGCAAGCCAUUGCAUUAUCUUCAAAUUCUUUUUGGUAUUAAUUUUUUUCCCCUUAAUAAAUUCUUACGUCUCUGCUACAAAAAUCACAUGAAUAUAGCAUUAUUUACUGAUAGUGUUAGGAUAAUCGCAAGAAAAUAGUCCCCACAGAGAGAGAGAACCUGUUGAUGGCAAUAAAGUCCAUGUCCCUAUUUUUACAUGACAAGUUAGGUGGAGUGAAAGUGGAGAUAUGAUGUGUCAUAACUGAUUAUAAUUUAAGUUAUUUUAGGUGAAAAGAGCAAAAAAAAAAGAUAUAUAAUACUCAAUCCCAAGCAACAAAACACAUCCAAGUGAAUUUUUCAUCACUUGACAAAAUGAUAUUUCACAUGAAAUUGUACAUAAAAAAAAAAGUAAUAUGAAGAAGGAAAAACGAAGAAAAAUUCUCAGAAUGAGAAAAUAAAAGUGUCAAACAUCUUUACAUUCUUACUGCUAUUUUAUAUUUCAUUUUCAUGUCAUUUCGUUACAUUCGGAAGAGUGACAACUGCCAUUUUUUUUUGGAAUGCAAUAAAAAUAUAUUUUAAGCAUGGUAAUACAUAGAAACUUAAUGUGCAUUUACUUCCCUUUCCGGUUCUCUCUUCUACGUUCCAUUUUCACUUUGUUUUUUAAUGUAUUCGAAUAUAGCAUUCAAUCUGCGAGAGUUCUGAAAUAGUCAACAAUCGAAAAUAUUUCAGCUGAAGAUAUUGAUUGUUUUCAACCUUAUGGUAUGCGCACAAUUUCAUUUAAUUUGUAAACAUGUUUUUUGACAUUUUCUUAAUUGCGUUUGCUGUUAGGCGACAACCUUACUGAAGUUUAAAAAGUAUUUUAUUACUGAUUGGGGUUAAAUGAUAAGGUUUUUCAGAAGUAGAUCGGUGAACGAAUUGCAUACAAACAGUAUAGAGGUUAUAGCACAUAGGGUGCUAUAUAAGUAGAGUCAUAUACCUUAGGCCCUUGACACACUUAGGACUUAAGCCAAGAGACGGCUUAGUGGAAAAUAAUAGAAAUGCGGUUUAACCCUUUAAGGACGAUUGGGUCACCGCUGACCCAAAAAUGAAAUUUUUCCUACGGUUAUACAAAGUUGUGUUUUGCUCUAAAAAGUCAGAAAACCCGAUUUUUUCUGACCCUCAAUUUUUUACCUUCUCGUCCUUAAAGAGUUAACCAUUAUUUCGAAUAAAUUACACUAAGCCGUCUCUCGGCUAAUCCUUAAGUCUGUCAAGGCCCUUACUCUCCCGAAGUUUAGGCUUAAGUGCAAAAUUUAACACUGAAGCCAUUAUACUUGUAAUUUAAUCCCAAACCGAGUAUAAAAGCUAUGACAAAGCCAAGGAUAGGUUGUGGGGCCAUGAGUAAUUCAUUGACCCAAGAUUUUCGGGCGUUACAUUCAUAAGAAUAUUUAUUAACCCUUUGAGGGCGAAUGACAGUCAACCAUUUGUAAGAUCUUAAUUUUCUACUCAUACUUUCAAUGACAAAUAACAAAUGAAAAAAUUAAAUUUGAUUUUCACUAAAUUAUCAAAUUUAAUUUUUAACUAUUUAUUUCCUUUUCGCUUCCAUAAAUAUGAAUAAAAGAAUAUUUUACUAAUGAUGAAUGAAUCACUUGUUCUCAAAAUGUUAAACAAAAUUAAUACAGUACGACUCCAGCAGGGGAAUUCUCGUGGCAUUGUCACGCGUGAGUUCGAAACCUGACAAUGCCAUUCGAACUUUUUUCUGUCAUAUUAUAUGAGUUCGAAAAUUCAAUUCAUUGAAUUUUUAAUGAAAUACCUUUACUUGAUGAUUUUAUGAAAAUACAGUACGACUUGGUUGAUUUGUUUAACAUUCAUUGUCAUUUUAAUUGCCAGAAAUCUCAAAUAUGUGACUUCUGACAAUGCCACGUGAGCUGAAAUGGCAAUGUCACGGCUACAGAAUCGCAUUUUCGAAAAAGCUCUCCUAAGAUUCGAACCCAAUUUGUCAUAUGGCAUUGUCAGAGCGUUACAGAAUUCCCCUCCAGGAUAAAUGUCAAACUUUUAAAUUCUAUUGAUUCUAUUGAUAAGGAUCUUAAGACUACUUUUACUGAGUGAACUAGUAACUUCAACAACUAAUAACUCAGAAAUAUAAGUACAAUGAGGAUUAAAAGUGUUGACACAAUCGGAGUCGUACUGUAAUGUUUUCAACAUUGAGCAGAGAUAUAUUUUGUUUUAUAUUGAAACUAAAUAAAAAAACAAAAUAAAAGUAAUUUUUGAUAUUUUGUACUACUCAUUCACACGCGAAGUACAGAAUCAUGUUUAUAAAUUUUAAAUAAUUGUGCGUUCUCUUAUAAGAUAGAAUGAAUCUUUUAAGCUAUCUUGCAGUUUGAAUGCUUUAAUUUAGUCCCUCUAACAUCAUCGAAUUGUUCACCUUACCAAGACAUCACUCACAAAAGACGAAAUAGGCAUUUAAUUUAAACAUCCAAUAUGUUUUAAUUUGUGGACCGAAAGCUCUUGUAACUUAAAAUUUAAAUAAAUAAAAAAAAAUUAUAGAAAUAAAAGUGACAUUAAUGGCAUUAAUGCAACAUUGUAAAUAAAGAAUGAUAUACUUAAAUAAAUGAAUCUACUAGUUAGACUAGUUGUAAUUGAUAAGGAAAACUAUUGGAAAUGAAUUCUGGAAAAUAAUAAGAAAAUCACUGAAUAUCAA